AUUAGAAUUAUUUCUUGUUAAUUUCUUUGUUUUUCUCUUUAGGAAGAGCCGAGGAGGACUGAAUUUCGGGUUAUCUAUCCGUCGGUCUCUCCGCCAGAAAUACGACGUCAUCUCCGGUCUUCUCCCAAGUCACUUUACUUUUGUCUUUACUUUCCGCCCUUUUCUCAUUCCAUUGCACAUUCAAUUCAAUCAAUCGUCCCUUAAUCUUUAAGUUGCAGAAAUUUUUUACUGUAUUUUCCAGUGGAGAGAGAUUCGCACCGGCGGAAAUUUUGGGGAAAUCCAUGGCGGCGGCCGAUCACUCCGAUGAUUUAGACCAGCUACUCGACAGCGCUUUGGAUGAUUUCCAGAGCCUCAAUAUUGCUGCUGCUGCUUCCCAAAGGAGCAAAGAUGGAGAAGAGAAGCGGAAUUGUAUGCCGAGUGAGGUUCAAGGGCUAGGGAUGGGAUUGCCAGAUUUGAGAAAGAAAAUGGGUAAGCAGAAGAAGGAUUCCAAGGCAAUGAAGGAUUCGCAUGCUUCUGAGGCUCUAGAUAAGCUCACAGAGCACACCAUGGAGGCUGUGAAGGGGUUAGAAUCGAUGAACGGAUUGCAGCUUCCCGGAGAUCCGAAUUUUGGGAAUGAUGCAAUGAUGGAGGAAUGGGUCAAGCAAUUUGAAGAGCUUGCUGGCUCUCCGGACAUGGAGUCAAUGGUUGAGACAAUGAUGCAACAGCUUUUAUCCAAAGAAAUUCUGCACGAGCCUAUGAAAGAAAUGGAAGACAGAUACCCUAAAUGGUUAGAGGAAAACAAAGCUAAACUGGCAAACGAAGAAUACUGCCGUUACAACAAGCAGUAUGAACUCAUAAAAGAGCUUAAUCGAGCUUAUGAAACAGAUCCAGCAAACUUCAAAAAGAUUGUUGACCUCAUGCAGAAAAUGCAAGAGUGUGGCCAACCACCUAAUGAUAUUGUCCGUGAGCUUGCCCCGGAUUUUGACUUGUCGAGUCUUGGUCAAAUAACCCCAGAGAUGCUUGAAUCUAAACCAGAAUGCUGUAUUACAUGAUAUGACUGGCGAGGUCUGCCUUCUCUUCCUGUCUUAGCUUAUGCUUUGGUCAAUUCAUAUGUUAUCCUUUUGCAACUUGUAUCACAUUAUUCACAUCCUUUCAUUUUCACUAGUUUUUUUUGUCAAUCGGUAGAUUGAUCGUAGUUACUCGUUUGAUAUGGUGUGGAAUGGAAUACGGCGUUUUAUAGGGAUGUAAACGAAUAAAAUCCAAUCUUCAACAUUUUAUUAUUUGUGUUCUGUUUUUUUGGACAAGUUUUUCGGUUCAAACAUCUUUUUUGGUAUUUGUAUUUGAUUCGUUUAU